AGGGUUUCAUUAUCUUCACCACGUAAUAAAAUGCCCACCCGCUGUCUUUUUCCAAGUUUCAGGAGACUUUAUUAAAAAGAUUUCGAAGUCCCGAGUUUUGUCAUGGCAUGGUGUUUUAGGAGUGGGAGACAGAGCGUGCAGUGACUUGUCUGCAAGGACACCAUAAUCGAGUGAACACACAUCUUUUAAACCACGCCCUUCGCAGCCUUUCCCAGACGACCAAUCUCAAGUAAUCCACAAUAUAUACAUGCAUUGAUUGAAAUUUGGUUGUUUGGGUGAGAAAGAAGGUAGGAAAACCAGCCCUGGACUGGAAUGAUGGAUCGUCUUCUUCUUCGUUUCCCAUUCAACCCUAACUUAGCCCUCAUGGAGCAAAAAGAAAAUCCUCUUCUGAAUCCUCGUCUUUCCCACUUUCCCAUGUCCAUUCCAGAUCAAGAUCCCGCGACUUCAUCAUGGAAGAUGUACAGAUCGAUCUAUCAUGAUGAACGCGAAAAUGAAGAGGAAGAAGAAAAAGAAAAAGAUGAUGAGGAAGAACUCUUUUUGAGCCUCCGACCACCAGGUCAGAGGCUAAAGCAAGACAUCACUCACCAAGCUUCCUCCACUUCACAUGAAGAAGGCAAGGUGACGGUGGCCUUACAUAAUAGGCCUCAGAGCUCUGCUUCCCAUUUGGGUAUUCCACGCAGAGAAGGCCAGUAUUGGGUUCCUACGCCUGCACAAAUCCUUGACGGACCCACCCAAUUCUCCUGCGCUGUCUGCAGCAAGACUUUCAACCGCUACAACAAUAUGCAGAUGCACAUGUGGGGACAUGGAUCACAGUACAGGAAGGGCCCUGAAUCAUUGCGAGGCACAAACCCUUCGGCCAUUCUGAGACUCCCAUGCUACUGCCCAGCUCAAGAUUGUAGGAACAAUAUUCACCACCCGCGUGCAAAGCCAUUGAAAGAUUUCAGAACCCUUCAGACCCAUUACAAGCGCAAGCAUGGGACCAUGAUGAAGGCCUUCUCAUGUGGGAAAUGUGGCAAGGCCUUUGCUGUUCGAGGCGACUGGAGAACCCAUGAAAAGAACUGUGGAAAACUCUGGCUUUGCAUUUGUGGCUCAGAUUUCAAGCACAAACGCUCUCUAAAGGACCACAUUCGUGCCUUUGGGAGUUCUCAUGCUCCUCAUUCCCUCCAUCACUGUGAUGAUGAUGAUGAUCACCAUGAUUCGCCCUCACAAGGGGGAGUUUUAGAUCUGGAUGACGAUUAUUCAGGUACUUCUCGCUAAUACGGCCUGUUUCUCCAGGUUAUCUUAAUGCUCAUAAGUUUCACGGGUGGUUUGGAAUUUGUCAAGUACCAUCACUACUGGUCUGGUCAAAUCCAAUUAUGCUGUAUUCCAUUAUUCUGCCAUUCAGUAAAUAAAUGUACAAAUUUCCAAGAUGUAGGAUAACGUUAACAGGUACACCCAUAGUACGAUUUCAACCAUUCUGCUCAUUGUUUGCACGGCAUUCAAAAUCUUGCCAGUAGAAGCCUUUUUGUUCAUAUGAAUUCGUACCUAGUGUUUCAGAUGUUUGUUAACCAGAGGAUUUCCAUGGCAAUAUGGUUCACACAGUCUAGAAUUCCUGUAAAACUCUUUGAAAGGACUGCAAAUCAAACGAACAAUUUCUGAAAGACUCUAUUUUUUCUUUUGAGAUCUGCA